AUGAAGAGAGAUCGUUACAGCCAGGACAGAGACCUCCUUCCAUCCCGUGGAGGCCGUGACCGCCGCUUCGAAGAACUUCCACUCAGCGAUCGCUCGCGCGACAGAAAGAGAUCUAGGGAAAGAUCUCCCGUGAGAGACCGUAGAGAUCGCAGUAGGGAUAGACCCCGUGAUUCGCGCAACCACCGUGACGACUCGCGCGAUAGAAAGCGUCCUAAGCGCACCGACUCGAUCGAAUCAAGAAGCCGAACCGCACGCGACGAUGGUCGAGGCACUACUUCGACCCCGAAACCUGAUACACCCGCCUCGGCCCAUGUCGCUGACAAGGCUGCAGAAGAGGAACGAAAGAAGCUCGAGCGUCAGGCAAAGGUUGAGGCCUGGAAGAAAAAGCAGGGAGAGAAGAAGAAGCUGCCACAAUUCCCCGCCACUCCUGCUACCCCUGCACACGCUGCUACUCCUACUGACACAGCUGCAUCUUCGCCCAAAUCCGUGUCUCAAGACGAACCUCAGAAGGGCUUUGCUGGCGGCAAGUUUGACCCCAAGGCUAUCGCAAAAAAGGCGGCGGCUGCCACGGCCAAGCUUUCGGCGCUUGGGAGCGAUGUUUCUAUACCCGGGAAGUCCAAGACUGCCGCUCUUGCGGCUCCUCUUACUGCCAACAAAGCGGCUGACUUUAGCAAGAAACCUUUUACCAGUCAAUCAAAGGGUAAAUCGUCCUUCCCUGCCUUCUCCGUCUCUCUAGACUCGACUGACCUGGCUACAGCAAACGCAGCAACUGCGUCAGAUGCCCUCAANAAAGGCUUCGGUCUGACAGCGUCGCCUGCCGAAGAAAAGUCGACUCCCCAGCCGGCACCCGCCAUAGACAUGGACGACGAGCAAGUCGAACGUCGCAAGUUAGAGAAGCUUCCUACACCCGAUCUUGAAGAUGCUGGGGAUGCUGCGCUUGCUAACCCGAAUGAUACUCAUGAUGACGAUGGUGAUGUCGACAUCGCUGAUGCAGGAUCCGAUCAAGAUAUUGACUCUGCUGCACGCCUUGCUGCAGAGAGACGUGCUGCUCAAGCCGCCGAGACCUCUGUAGAUGACGACGACGACGACGACGCCGCCAUGGAAGGUGUUCAGACCUCCCAACCCGCCAAUGCGGCCGAAGAAGACGAUAUUGAUCCGCUUGAUGCUUUCAUGAAUGACCUAGCAGAGGAAGCCCCUAAGCCUACUCGCAAGUUCACAAAGACUAAGAUUCGCGAAGCUGAAGAUGUCUUUGGUGACCAAGACGGUGCCGAUUUGGAUGCAAUGGGAGAAGAUGCUGAUGACAUUCUUGCCCAGGUGGCCCAGAAGAANAAGAAAAAGGAGAUUCCCAACCUCGACCAUUCCAAGAUUGAUUAUGAGCCAUUCCGCAAGGCCUUCUACACCGAACCUCUUGAAGUUGGCCAGAUGACCGACGAGGAAGUCAGAGACUUGCGCUUCAAACUCGACGAUAUCAAAGUACAAGGCUCAAAGGUACCUCGACCUGCACUGAAGUUUGCUCAGUUUGGCCUCGGUACCCAGGUUCUGGAUGUUAUUCGUGAUCUCGGAUUUGAGAUGCCUACACCUAUCCAGUCUCAGACCAUCCCUGCUAUCAUGUCUGGACGCGAUGUCAUUGGUGUGGCCAAGACGGGUUCAGGCAAAACUGUCGCUUUCUUGCUACCCAUGUUCCGUCACAUCAAGGACCAACGUCCUCUAGAAAAUAUGGACGGUCCGGUCGGUCUGAUCAUGGCUCCAACGCGUGAGCUUGCAGUCCAGAUUCAUCGCGAGUGUAAACCUUACCUCAAGGUCUUGAAUCUACGCGCUGUGUGUUGUUAUGGUGGUGCACCCAUCAAGGACCAGAUCGCAGAGCUCAAGAAAGGUGCUGAGAUUAUUGUUGCAACUCCUGGUCGCCUCGUUGACCUUCUUGCCGCCAACUCUGGACGAGUCACCAACCUGCGCCGCGUCACCUAUGUCGUGCUUGAUGAAGCUGAUCGCAUGUUUGACAUGGGUUUCGAGCCUCAGGUCGUCAAAGUCCUCACCAACAUCCGUCCCGAUCAUCAGACAGUUCUCUUCUCAGCCACCUUCCCACGUACCAUGGAAUCGCUUGCUCGCAAAGUCGUACACAAGCCUGUUCAGAUCACUGUUGGUGGUCGUAGCACAGUUGCCGAUACCAUCACUCAAAAGAUCGAAGUGCGACCCGAAACCACUAAGAUGUAUCGUACACUUGAGGCUCUAGGUGAACUGUUUGAGAAUGAUGAGGACGCACGUGCUUUGAUCUUCGUCGAGCGACAAGAGUCGGCAGACGAUAUGAUGAUUCAACUCCAGCAGAAAGGAUAUCCUGCCGUUUCGAUCCAUGGUGGAAGGGAACAGAUUGAUCGUGACUCUGCCAUCCAGGACUUCAAGAGUGGUGUCAUCCCUGUGAUGGUUGCAACAUCUGUCGCCGCUCGCGGUCUAGACGUCAAGCAGCUCAAACUCGUCAUCAACUACGAUUCACCCAACCAUCUCGAGGAUUAUGUCCACCGCUCCGGACGUACUGGUCGCGCUGGUGANAAGGGUACAGCCAUCACCUUUGUAACUCCUGAGCAAUCCAAAUACUCAGUAGAUUUGGUGAAGGCAUUGAAGAUGAGUAACCAGCCAGUACCAGAAGACCUCCAGAAGAUGUCUACAGAGUUCCUCGAACGCGUUAAGGCAGGCAAGGAGAAGGGAGCCGCUAUCGGUUUCGGUGGCAGAGGUAUUGAGCGCUUCGAAGAACAGCGUGCAGCCGAACGCCAGCGUGAACGCAAGGCUCACAAACUCGAAGGCGAAGAGGAAGAAGAGGAAGAAGAAGACAAGAAGAAAGCACCCGAGGAGAAGAUCAAUGUUGUCAAGAAUACUGGUUCGCCUGCGCCUACGAACGCAAAUGUUCCUGGUGUUCCUGCACACAUUGACCUCAAUGCCGAUAUCAAGGUUCACAAGACUGAGACACCUGCACCUACAAGCAAUCGUCCUCUGGAUCGUGUUGCGGCUGCUGCUGCGAACAUCAACUCUCGCCUUGGUGCACGCAAUGCCACGCGCCCCGGUGUUCCGAUCGAUAACAAGGGACCUGAUGCUGGUGCCUACCACGCGACGCUUGAGAUCAAUGACUUCCCUCAGAAGGCACGCUGGGCCGUCACCAACCGUACAAACGUGGCCAAGAUUCUCGAGUCUACUGGAGUGUCUAUCACUUCGAAGGGUAACUUCUAUGCUGCCGGAAAAGACCCUGGUCCUACCGAUGCUCCCAAACUUUAUAUCCUUGUCGAAGGUGACACCGAGCUGCAAGUCACCCAGGCCAUGCGCGACUUGCAGCGUUUGUUGAAGGAAGGAACGAUCGCAGCCGCCGACAGCGAGGCCCGCGCGCCUACCACUGGUCGUUACACUGUCACUUGA